AUGAAAUCCUACGAAAACGAUGGAGUGGACUUGGAAGAUGGGAAGACACGAAAAGCUGGAGAUAAGCCAAUUCUGAGAAAGAUACCUAAUCAGGCUUUGUUAUCGGGUUUAGCUUAUUGCAUUUCAUCAUGCAGCAUGAUACUGGUGAACAAGUUUGUUCUUUCCAGCUACAACUUCAAUGCUGGGAUAUUUUUAAUGUUAUACCAGAAUUUUGUCUCAGUGAUCAUUGUGGUGAUUUUGAGCUUAAUGGGUCUAAUAACAACGGAACCACUGACCUGGAGAUUGAUUAAGGUCUGGUUUCCAGUGAACGUGAUAUUUGUUGGCAUGCUUAUCACAAGCAUGUUUAGUUUGAAAUACAUCAACGUAGCAAUGGUCACGGUCCUGAAGAAUGUCACUAAUGUAAUAACCGCAGUUGGUGAGAUGUAUCUAUUCAACAAACAACACGACAACAGAGUGUGGCUUGCUCUCUUUUUAAUGAUCAUUUCUGCAGUAUCUGGAGGGAUAACAGAUCUAUCUUUCAAUGCUGUUGGCUAUACUUGGCAAAUUGCUAAUUGCUUCUUAACUGCAUCGUACUCUCUGACACUGAGAAGGACAAUGGAUACGGCCAAGCAAGUUACUCAAUCUGGAAACUUGAACGAGUUCUCCAUGGUCUUGCUUAAUAACACACUUUCAUUACCACUUGGCCUUAUUCUUUCUUUUGCUUUUAACGAGACGGAUUAUCUGUAUACAACGCCACUUCUGCGAUUGCCAGGUUUCUGGCUGGUCAUGACACUCAGUGGGCUUCUAGGUCUUGCCAUUAGCUUCACUUCAAUGUGGUUUCUUCAUCAAACCGGAGCUACAACAUACAGUUUGGUGGGAUCGCUGAACAAGAUACCUCUGUCUAUUGCUGGGAUCGUUCUUUUCAAUGUACCUACCAGUUUGCAGAACUCAGCGAGCAUACUAUUUGGGCUUGUGGCUGGAGUUGUAUUUGCCAGAGCCAAAAUGAGGGAGAAGAUCUAG